GAGGGGGAGGGACAGGCAGGGUUGCCUCCUGCGCAGGCUGCCUGCUGGAGUUACAUCCACAAAUGCCUCGGAAGCAGCAGGCUGACUGCAUCGUUCUCUUCACAUUCCUGGGUCUGUCUGGGCUGGUUGGUGCAGUUACCAGAACAUACCACAUUGGGAUUGUGGAAGAAUACUGGAACUAUGUACCCCAAGGGAAGAACAUUGUUACUGGGGGGAGUUUCUCAGAAGACAAACUUGCAACCUUAUUUCUCGAAAGAGGGCCCAACAGGAUAGGUGGUAUUUACAAAAAGGCUGUUUACAGACAUUACACAGAUGAGACCUAUUCCACAGAGAUCCCUAAACCUCCCUGGCUUGGAUUCCUGGGCCCUAUCUUGAGGGCUGAAGUGGGUGAUGUGAUUGUCAUCCAUUUAAAGAACUUCGCUUCCCGACCAUAUUCUUUGCAUCCACAUGGCGUUUUCUACAACAAAGAUUCAGAAGGAGCCCUAUACCCAGAUGGAACAUCUGGAAGGAAUAAGAAUGAUGAUAUGGUUCCUCCUGGCAGAAACUACACCUAUGUCUGGCCAGUGAGAGAAGAAUAUGCCCCUGCUCCUGCGGAUGCCAAUUGUCUGACCUGGGUGUACCAUUCACACAUUGACGCUCCUAAGGAUAUCUGCUCUGGGUUAAUUGGCCCGCUGCUGGUGUGCAAGGGAGGUGUCCUGAAUAAAUAUUCAGGGACAAGGACAGAUGUGGACCGAGAGUUCAUUAUAAUGUUUACUCUGGUUGAUGAAAAUCAAAGCUGGUACCUUGAUGAAAAUAUCAAACAUUUCUGCACUGACCCUGAUUCAGUUGACAAAAAAGAUGCUGUUUUCCAGAGAAGUAACAAAAUGCAUGCCCUCAACGGAUACCUCUUUGGAAACCUCCCUGAGCCUGAGAUGUGUGUUGGUGAAUUGGUGUCCUGGCACCUCUAUGGGAUGGGGAAUGAGAUAGAUAUCCAUUCCAUCUAUUUUUACGGUAACACCUUCAUCAGCAGAGGGCAUCGGACUGAUGUCGUCAACCUGUUCCCAGCCACCUUCCUGACAACAGAAAUGGUAGUGGAGAAUCCUGGGAAGUGGAUGAUAACUUGCCAAGUUAGUGAUCACCUACAAGCUGGCAUGCUGGGACAGUACAAUGUUGGUAACUGCAAAGGUGACAUUCCUCACCCCAAAAUGAAGGGUCAGCAGAGGCACUACUUUAUAGCAGCUGAAAAAAUUCUUUGGGAUUAUGCUCCUCAAGGCUAUAACAAAUUCAGUGGUCUUCCCCUAAAUGCUUCUGGCAGUGACUCCGAGCUCUACUUCACACAAGGGGACAACAGAAUUGGAGGAAAAUAUUGGAAGGCUCAGUAUAUGGAGUAUGUUGAUGCAACUUUUACUCGAAGAAAGAGACUCUCUGAGGCAGAAGCCCAUCUUGGAAUUCUUGGCCCCGUCAUCAGGGCAGAGGUGGGUGAUACUCUGCUAGUGACCUUUGCCAACAAAGCCGACAAAGUCUACAGUAUUUUGCCCCACGGCGUGAUCUAUGACAAGGCCUCUGAUGCAGCCCCAAACAUAGAUGGAUUUCUGAAGCCAGGGGCCCAUGUGAAGCCAGGUGAAACUUUCACAUACAAAUGGACGGUGCCUGAGAGUGUAAGCCCGACAGUCGAUGAUCCCCCCUGUCUGACCUAUCUUUACUUCUCAGCGGUGGAACCCAUCCAGGACACCAGUGCUGGCCUUGUGGGGCCCUUACUAGUCUGUAAGAAGGGUGCUCUCAAUGCCGAUGGGACACAGAAAGGAAUAGACAAGGAAUUUUACCUACUAUUCACCGUCUUUGAUGAGAACUUGAGCAGGUACCUUGAUGAAAACAUUCAGAGGUUCACAUGGCGCCCCUUCAGUAUUGACAAAGAGGACAAGGAUUUUGUGAAGUCCAACCGAAUGCAUGCUAUUAAUGGCUUUAUGUUUGGCAACCAGCCAGGCCUAAGCAUGUGCAAAAAGGACAGAGUUUCCUGGCAUAUGAUUGGAAUGGGCACUGACACGGAUAUGCAUGGAGUUUAUUUUCAAGGGAACACCAUCCACCUACGAGGGACUCACCGCGACACCCUAGCCCUGUUUCCCCAUACAUCCACAACGGUGUUCAUGCAGCCGGACCACGCAGGUAUUUUCAGGCUGUUCUGUUUCACCAUGCACCACUUCGUGAGAGGCAUGAAUCAGUUAUAUGAGGUCAACAGCUGUGGCAACAAGGACCCUUCUGAGCAGCCGUACGGGAUGAUAAGAACCUUUUACAUCGCUGCUGAAGAGGUAGAAUGGGAUUAUGCCCCUAACAAAAACUGGGAGUUCGAAAAGCAGCACUUGGACGCAGGAGGGGAAAGACAUGGAGAUAUAUUUAUGAACCACACUGAAAACUGGAUUGGCUCUCAAUACAGGAAGGUGGUUUACAGAGAAUACACUGAUGGAGAAUUUGUGGAGAUCAAGGCCCGACCGCCACAAGAGAAGCACUUGGAACUCCUGGGUAUGGCACAGAUUGCAGUCGUGUGUGGCCAGCCCCAAGGGUGGCCCGAGAAGGGACAGAGUAGCCUGACUGCAUUCAUUCAAGCCCCACAUCAGGAGACAUUCACUCUUGCUAGAGAAAUAAACACCUACAGGUGGAAUGUCCCUAAAAGGUCUGGUCCAGGACCAAAUGACCCAAAUUGUAUUCCAUGGGUUUACUAUUCAACGGUAAACUUUGUGAAGGACACAUAUAGCGGUUUGAUGGGUCCUCUGAUUAUUUGCAGAGAAGGAGUGUUGAAUGAGAAGGGAAGAAGAAGCGACAUUGAUUAUGAAUUUGUUCUCUUGUUUUUGGUAUUUAAUGAGAAUGAAUCCUGGUAUCUGGAUGACAAUAUUAAGAAAUAUCUCAAUAAAGAUCCACGACAUUUUAAGCGGACUGACGAUUUUGAAGAGAGCAACAAAAUGCAUGGUAUAUCAGAGGUUAAAAAGAAGACUCUUGUUGAUAUAAUUCUGCAGAUAGAUAAAGCUUACCGAGAAGACGUGUAUGAUCUCUUUCCUGGGACAUUCCAAACCAUUGAGCUGUUUGCAGAUCACCCAGGGACAUGGCUGUUACACUGUCAUGUGUCUGACCACAUCCAUGCUGGCAUGGAGACAACCUACACAGUCCUUCGGAACAUAGACAACAGGAUCCCUUACUCCACCAAGCCUCCAUCUGGAGGAGCACCCCGCCCGACCACAGUGCCCUCCAAUGAAGAAUCUGGCAAGGAGCAGCUCUAUUUCUUUGGCAAGAAUCUGGGUCCUAGGGGAGCCAAAGCAGCCUUGGUCAUCCUCUUCAUCAUUGGACUCCUCCUCCUGAUCUCCACAGUGAUUCUCUCCCUCAGACUGCAGUCUGCAAGGAAGCAAGUUGCAUAUCGGGAAGUCCAGUCCUGCGCACUCCCCACGGAUGCUCUGUGAACCAGCUGGUCUUCCUCAGCAGGGAAACUGGACAAGGCAUCGUUCAUCAAGAAAGGUUUACAUUAUAUCCUGGAUCAGGCUGUGAUCCUCCGGAACACAAUCAAAGCAAUUUUGCUUUUACUUAUUUAUUUUUUAAUGGGCUGUGAAUAAUCCUCAGGUAUAAAAUACAGAAAGAAGAACAGGUGUGACUCAGAAAACACAGUCUGUUCUCUGAAUGAAUUUGCUGAAGUGGGGGAAACCCUCUGAAAGAUAUCUUUGUUUUCCAUUUUUUGUAAUUCUUAGAUUAGACAGUGCUUCCUCAGCUAACCAUCCAAGUUUCCAGAUGGACGACAUUGGGAGUUAUGCUGCCUCAGACACCUAACUGGAAAGGCACUGAUUUUUCAACACUGUUAUAGAAGACGUUUCCCUUAGUCGUUCCAGGGAAAAUAACUUUCUGAGGAGUUCAUGGAAAUGUCUAAAUCAGUAUCUGCUGAUAGAAUUUGACCAAAUGAAGUUUUUGGAGGCUUUAUCCAGCUCUCCUGGCCUUUUUCACUCUAAUAUAAAUAGCCUGGGCACUGUUUGCUACAGAGGCAAAGUUAUCAGCAUUUUAAAAAAAUUGCUGCUGUUUUUAUGCAAACCUGUAGAGAUACUUUAAUGUUUACAACUCACUUCAUGUUAUAUGUUUUUACAAUGUUUCCAUGGCAACGUGUUUUUUUUAUUUAUUUCAAAAAUCAUCUAGAGAAUUUGUAUUUUAGAAUGUGGAGGGCCGGAAGAGCAGGAGAGAUUCUCCCAUUGUGAGGCAGACUCCCUAGAAGUUUAGAGUGAGCUUCUGUGUGGAACGGAAGCUUUGCAGAAGGCGAAUCUGGACUUGAGCCUUGAGUCUGAUUUUUUAUUCACCUAGCAGGAUCUUUCCAAGUCUGCAUCUUCUAGGAAAUAAAAACAGUCUCAUCAUUUGAGAAUUCAUCAGUUCAGCUGACCAGUGGAGAGAAGAGAUCUCACAAAAUUCUUGAUUCCAUGCUUCUUAAAGACAGACCUUUGUGGGAGGAGGGGGGAAAAAAAAGGCUAGAAAGAAGAGAGUCCCAGUGGCAAGUUUUUAAAUCAUUAAAUUAGCUUUGAAGAUAUGCAUUACAGUUUUCAAGGCUCAAAUGUAAAACUAAAGUAUCGGACAACUAAACUGAACCCAUUACAAGGCGAUCCAUACUCUCUGUAUACAUGCCUAAGUGUUAGGUUAAGAUUGAUAAAAGCAACUUUGCUUUUUACUAGACUGAGAAAUUGCCUUUAACUCGGGGCAAGAUGCCCUGCGAUGCCAAUGUCAAUGCCAGAUGAAUGAUAUCUGUACAUCUGCCUUCGCAGAUAACAUUAGGAUGUCCAGAUGAACAAGUAGGACCUAAAAAAAUACUCUGGUGGAGGGACAUUUCAUACUUUCUCAUCUUCAUCUUGGUGAGGGGAAGUGGGUAAUUUGAUAGAAGUUGUAGUCUUACAUAAAACAGGAUGCGAAUGCUAAUAGUUCUGUUCUUAGUUUGCUUGAAUGUCAUAUGGAACAGUGUACCCAAAGGAUUUUGAAUUCCAGCCUGCUAGCCACUGAUAAUGUGAUUUUGUAGUAUGUGCUCUACGGUUUUCAUACGUGUGUAGGCUGUAUAAUUUCAUAGUAAUAAUCAUGAUAAAUGCCUUAUUUAUAACUCACCUAGACAACAAAUUUAGUUUUUUCUUUUCUCUUAGUCUAUUUUUUUUAAUGAAAAUGAAACCAUAAAGUAGUUUGAUUACACCAUUUCUCUUUUUAAUAAAGUU